UAUUUCUCCCAUGUUGCUAAGUGACCAUCCAGUCGCUGAUUUCGAAGCCAUGUUAUGAACUUCUCGAAUAUCGAAGCAGAACACCUCGCUUCCUAGCUCGUGGAGUUUCAAAAUAUGCCAAUAACUAAGCAUCCGAAGACGAGAGAACCUCUGUGGAAGGAAUGGGACUACAAAGCACAGAAGAAGGGUGUUCAUCACACAGUUUACUCCGUGAACGGAGAUCAAUACACAGGCGAAUGGAACGGUAACAAGAAGAACGGUAAGGGCACAAUGCAGUGGAAAAAGAGUAAAGCCAUUUAUGAUGGUGACUGGAAAGAUGACAGAAGAUGUGGAUAUGGGACAUACAGCAUCAAAGAAACAAGUGGAAACCGGAAGAUCUACUCCGGUGGAUGGAAAAACGACAAGAGACAUGGAUAUGGUACAAACUUCUACUCUCCAACAGAGUACUAUGAGGGGGAGUGGUACGCCGAUAAGCGCAGUGGAUGGGGUCGGAUGUACUAUUCUGAUGGUGCUGUAUAUGAAGGGGAGUGGUAUGAUGACAAGCAAAAUGGCGAAGGAAUGUUAAGACUUGCAAAUGAGAACAGAUAUGAGGGAGAGUGGAAGGAUGGACUGAAGCAUGGAAAAGGCAUUUUUUAUUUUCUGGACAAGGGGCAAAAAUACACUGGUGUAUGGGCACUAGAUAUACCUAAAUGUGGUACCAUGGAGGAUUUUGGUCGUGAAAAGGCUCCUGAACCAACAACAUAUCCUAUACCUGAGUGUACAUUAGAAGAUGCCAAAGGUGUAUUAAAAGAAGCUGAAGACACUUUUCUGGAUGAGCCACAAUGAUAAACUGCAGAGAAGCGAAAUGACAUAUUUUAGUCUUAUUUUAUAUCUAUUAUGGAUAACCAGAUUGUAUAUAGGAAAAAAGAUUGCAAAAUGCUUUCGAUGAUGCUAGGCAUUCCAACAUUUCUGAAAUUCAUUCUAUCAAUACCAGCUGACGUUUGGGCGAAAGUUUUACAAUAUAAAUAUAAGGACAGCCGAAAAUUUUGAAUUUUGAUGGUAGGUUUUUAAUUGUCAUUUAUCAGCCCUUUUAAAUGUAUUUUACAUCUCAUUGUAAAUAAUAUCUUUUUUUUAGAAAAUAAAAUUUGAAAGUCUAAAAAUAAA